AUGUCAUUCUGGCAUACGAUAUUCGACCAGGGCUAUGUAACGGAGGAUAUUGUGAACCACAAGUACGAUGGUUCGGGAACAGAGGAAGAUCCCUGGCAAGUGACAUGGAUGGAGCACGAUGCUCGCGAUCCGAUGAACUAUGGGUUCGCCACGAAAUGGCUAAUCACUUUGCUGGUCGGCGUCGACACGCUCGCGAUCGCAUUGACAUCAUCUGCGUACUCUGGGGGCAUCGUCGAAGUCACGAAGGACUUCAAUGUCACCCAAGAGAUUGGCCUCUUGGGCAUUGCACUCUUCGUGCUCGGAUUUGCGGUGGGCCCGCUGGUCUGGGCCCCCCUGAGCGAGGUCUACGGUCGCCGAUACAUCAUGAUUGCCAGCGCCGCAACGCUCACUGCGUUCACGGCGGCGACAACUGGCGCCCAAAAUAUUCAAACCUUGAUCGUCCUUCGCUUCUUCGCGGGAGCUGCCGGCUCUGCUCCGUUCGCUGUGGCGGGGGGAGUAAUUGCAGACUGCUUUCCGACAGUGAGCCGCGGCCUUGCUAGCGGUCUGUUCUGUGCAGCACCCUUCCUGGGUCCGGCUCUCGGGCCUAUCAUCGGUGGCUUCCUGUCCGAGUCGGCUGGAUGGCGUUGGGUAGAAGGUGCCAUGGCCAUCGUCUCUGCAUUCCUCGGGUCUCUCUGUGUGCUCUUCUUGCCGGAAACUUACGCCCCGGUCCUGCUGAGAAAGCGAGCUCAGCGCUUGGCUGAGAUGACUGGGGAUGUUUACCGAAGUAAACUCGAUAUUAGUAAAGGAAGGCCUCAGAUUGGGGCCGCGUUGAAAGAAGCUCUAUCGCGUCCUUGGAUCUUACUGUUCCGCGAACCAAUUGUGCUUCUAUUGUCGAUAUACCUUGCGAUUGUUUACGGAAUUCUGUAUAUGCUCUUCGCGGCAUUCCCGAUUGUAUAUGCUCAAGAACGGGGCUGGAGCGAGGGAAUGUCUGGAUUAGCAUUUGUAGGCGUCCUGGUUGGCAUCAUCUUCUCCGCCGCAGCCGUAUUCCCCAACUUCUUCUGGUACAGAAGGAAGACCGUCCAAGCAGGAGGCCGCCUUGCACCAGAAAUGCGACUCCCGGCCUCCUUUUUUGGAGCAAUCAUUCUCCCCGCCGGAAUCUUCUGGUUCGCAUGGACAAACGACCCGUCAAAUCACUGGGCGAUUUCGAUUGCAGCGGGCGUGCCACUGGGCUUCGGCAUGGUCAUGGUGUUCCUUCCGGUCUUGAACUACCUGAUUGAUGCGUACACAAUUUUCUCCGCGUCAGUGCUGGCCGCCAACGCUUCUUUGCGCUCCAUGUUCGGUUUUGCGUUCCCUCUCUUCACCACCCCCAUGUUCAAAAGCCUUGGUAUCCACUGGGGGGGCCUCAGUUCCGGGCUUCCUGGCGGUGGCAUGUAUUCCCCUGCCAUUUUUGUUCUUCUACUACGGCCCUCCUAUCCGGAGGCGCUGCCAGUAUGCUGCCAAGUCGGAGGCUGUGAUGGAAAAGCUGUAUGGCAAGGCAAAGAUGCCGAGGAAGAUGUCUGUCGAGACUCCGUCAGAUCAGAUCAGUCUGCAUCCUAUUUAAAUGGUACCUUUCUUAGUUUUACCUGGCUUUCAUUUCGAUUUAUUAUUUCAUAUGAGUAG